CAUGUCAGGAAGCUAGCGCAGUGUUUUCUUUUUCACUCACUCUUGAAUUUCAGUAAAUGUUGAUCUAGAAAUGCCACCGAAGGGAAAAGGUGGCAAAGGCGGUAAAGGAGCAGCUGCAGGAGGUGCAGACGCUGAGAAAAAGGAGAAAGCACCCAAGGGAGGCACCGCUGUGAAGGUUCGACACAUCCUCUGUGAAAAACAUGGGAAAUGCAUGGAGGCGAUGGAGAAGCUGAAAGCUGGAGUCCGUUUCAGCGAAGUAGCGACGCAAUACAGUGAAGACAAAGCGAGACAAGGAGGUGAUCUGGGAUGGAUGACUCGAGGAUCGAUGGUUGGACCUUUCCAGGAAGCAGCGUUUGCCCUCUCUAUCAGUACCAUGGAUAAACCAGUGUACACGGACCCUCCUGUCAAGACAAAGUUUGGGUACCACAUCAUUAUGGUGGAGGGGAAAAAGUGACAUGCUGACAUAUAAAUAACACAGGGUGCUAUAUUGUGAAUUUCCUAAUUUUACCAUUUCAACGCAAUGAUUGCCUUUUAAUUUACAGACUGUUUAAGAAGAGAACAAUUAAAUGAUCUUUGUGUGUCAA